AUGGGUUCCCUGGCCCCCGAGACCAGCCGCAAGCCUCUGCACGAGGUGAUGCCGCCGCUGAUCGCAGGCACGGCCACCUUCAACUCACAAUAUGUCUCGGAUCCGUUCAACCCGGAAGUGCUGCCGGCGCUGUCCAUCGUGUCGCGGGCGCUGGAGCUGGGGAUCAACGCCUUUGACACCUCACCGUACUACGGCCCCUCCGAAACAAUCCUGGGCUCCGCCCUCGCCCACCCGUCCAACGCGUCCCGAUACCCGCGGGAGUCGUACUUCCUGGUCACCAAGGCGGGGCGGAUCGCGGGCGACUCGUUCGACUACUCGGCGGCCUGGGUGCGGUACUCGGUGCUGCGGUCGCUGGAGCGGCUGCACACCAGCUACCUGGACCUGGUGUACAUGCACGACGUGGAGUUCGUGUCGGCGGACGAGGUGCUCGGGGCGGUGUCGGAGCUGCGGCGCCUGCGCGACGAGGGCCUCAUCCGCUACGUCGGCAUCUCCGGGUACCCGGUGGGGGUGCUCUGCGGGCUGGCGGAGCGGGUGCUCGAGGAGACGGGCGAGCCCCUCGACGCGGUGCUGAGCUACGGGCACUUCACGGUGCAGAACGCGACGCUCGGGGGCGCGGCGGUGCUGCGGCGCUUCGAGGACGCGGGCGUCGACGUCGUGCUCAACGCCAGCAUGCUGGGCAUGGGCCUGCUGACGACGCGGGGCGCCGACGCCGGGCCCAUGAAGGAGUGGCACCCUUCCCCGGGGGCGCUGCGGGGCGCCGUCAAGGACCUGGUGGCCGUGGCGCGGGCGGCGGGCGAGAAGCUCGAGGUGGUGGCGAUCCGGUGGGCGCUGGACAGCUGGGCGCGAGACGGGUCGCGGCUGGGGGUGCACUCGCCGUGGGUGCCCGGGGGCGCCAAGCUGGGCGUCAGCGUCAUGGGCGUGACCAACGUGCCGGAGCUGGAGGAGACGUGGCGGGUGUUCCGGAGCGUCGUGGAGGGGUAUGGCGCGUCGCCGUCGAGCGCCGAGGCGGCUGAGGCGCACGCGUGGAGCCUGGAGCGGCGGUCCAAGAUCGGGGGGCUCGUGGAGAAGAUGUGGGAGGUGCUGGGCGAGUGGAAGGACUACAGCUGGAGCAGCCCCGAUGCCGGCUUCGUUAACACGAGGAGGAAAGAGGACAAGGGGACCUUCCCCAAGGACGAUGGGAUCUAUGAAAAGUACGAGAAAUACUUCCCGAGCAGGUCAUGA